CUCGGUGGGAGCCCCCUCACCGGAUUGCUGUAUAGCCAAGCUCGUGUUGGAAGGAACCCCGGAAUCACGGUCCUGGCGAAGAUGCCCGCAAGUUUCCUCUCACUGAACGACGAUGUCCUCGCGGUCCUCGUCUCCUACCUCAGCUCCCAGGAUGCUCGGCAACUCUCAUAUACGACACGUGCGGUCCAUGUCGUUGCCGCCCAUCGCGCCUUACAGUUCGUCAGCCUCCGCUCUUUCUCUACGGUCGUCCGCUUUUGCGCCUACAUGUUGGGGAAGAUGCAACACCGCGUCUUCGCUCUUCGCGAGUUGAGGAUCCAUUGCACAAUUGCACGAGCAUCGGAGGUGGACACGGCCAGCCAGACUGCAGAGACCUACGCGAAAGGAGCGGCGUCGCUCGUCAAGAUGCUGGAAGGGGCUCCCCGUCUUCGCGUAUUUGCUCUGGACUGUGCCGAGUACUGGAUGGAGUACCAGACCCGAUUGGUCGACGUCCUAUGCACCAUGACACACCUGACGGAGGUUGACAUCCAGGUCGUCGGACCACACGCGGCGAGGUUCAUCAACAACAUGGAAGCUACGCCCCACAAGCUGAUCCUCAGGCCCCCUCGACGGCGAGACCGACGAGCAUGGCCCACUGAAACUACCGACUCUCGACUGAACCCAGAACUCCGUCUACCGAGCGUGAAGUACCUCGCAGCUACGGAUUGCGUGAAUCUACCCGGAGCGAACUUCCUCGCGCAGAUGUUUCCUAGUACCCGCAGCCUCGACAUCAGGUACGAGGGCAUUGACCAUGGACAACCCGUCGAGCUUAAUUGGCCAACACUGGAGUACGUCCGGGCCCGCGGACAUGCAUUCGCUAGUUGGAGGAAUGUGUCUGCCAUACAUCUGUUGGAGUUGGCUUACCCUCGAUGGCUGCUGAGUAUGUGGCAGCCAUUGCAGCAGUGACCAAUGUUCAGCCUGUGGCACUUAUAGCGCGACUGGACUCAAACCUCGUGAUCUACUUCUGGACCCGUUUCAUCAGGAGCUCGGUGCGUCUUCGAUAUCUGGCUGUGGACCUCUUCGACAUCACUUCGUACGACACAUGCGGGGCGGAACUAGCCAGUUGG